ACACAGACAACAUACAGCCGGAGCAGAGCAGGAACCAGCUCCACAAUCUGAGCUGCCCAGAGCUUUCCUUCAAUCUCAUCACACUGAAAUCACGAAGUUACAGGAGUUAACGCGAGAUCGGCAGUCACUCCUCUGGUGUCGGCGGAGCGCGGUCACAGAGACGCGGGCGGGAUGUCAUCGCGGCUCUCCUUCUCUCAGUACCGCUUAGAGGCGGAGGUCGAGCGCUGCCGCGCGGAGUGUCAGUGGGACAAGAUACCGUCUUUACUGGAGCAGCUCUCUGCCGCGCGCCUGCAUGACGAUGAUGAUUAUAGGACACUGUUGCUGGCAGAAGCUCUGUUGGAGGAAUGUCUGCUGGAGAACAUGACCCUGCUGAAGAAUUCUACGCCUCUGACUGAAGAAUCGCAGCCCAAACUAGCCCGAGCCAAAGCUCACCUCAACAGCAUCCUAAGCAGAGGACACCUGGAGCCGCACUACCUGAAUGAAGCUCUGCUCCUGCUGGCUAAAGUGCACUACGUUCAGGGACGCUACAGGGACGCCCAGGGCAUGUGUGCCAGAGCAGGUGUGGAUGAUUUCACCCGCCACGAGCGACCUGUCUACCAGCUACGCAUGCUGGCAGAGGCCUUUGUCAUCAAAGGCUUGUCUUUGGACCAUCAGUCUAUGUCAGGUGCUUCCCGUGUUAGACUGUCCGAGAGAGAGGAAGAAUGCCUGUCCUGUUACCUCAUGGCCUGUGAUGCUGGCCUGCUGUACCUGCAAGAGUUUGACAAGACUGUUUGCACGCCAAGUUCCAAAACAGCUAAAAGCAGUUCAUCAGUCCCUCCUUCUGACUUGGACCCAGGCUUCUUCCUGCAGGCAGCUCUUCAGAGUGCAUACCUGUCACUGCUGAGGAAAGGUCACUUGGCUCAGGGGACACAACAGCUGCGGCGGGUCAUGAGGGCUGUGGAGAGUCGGGGGUCUCAGAGUUUUCGUAAGACAGUAGCACGCAGGCUUGCAGAAGUGUUGCUGGGAUCAGUGUGUGAAGAUGCGUACUGGGGUCCACUGUCUCCUCCACCACCCGACUGGCUGAAGAGAGAAGGAGCCACACUCCCCAAAGACGCCAUCUACCCCUCAUCCAGACCACCACAGCGCUACAACACUGAGGGAUCUUUCUGUCCACAGGACGUGGUUGAAGAGGCGGUGCUGUUGCUCCUCAUCACAGAAUCAAUGGCCAGUGGCGAGGCGGUGAUCAGCCGCACACCGGAGCAUCAGGAGGUGAGGGAGAUCAGCAUGCAGGAGGCCUCCUCUGUCUAUGACCUGCUGAGCAUCGCCAUGGCCAGGAGGGGGCAGUACGCCAUGCUGUCAGAGUGUUUGGAGCGGGCCAUGAAGUUCUCCUAUAAUGAGUUUCAUCUUUGGUAUCAGCUUGGCUUGUCUCUGAUGGCAAGUGGGAAGAAUGAGGGUGCAGUGUCAGUGCUUAAAGAGUGUGUGACAAUGAGACCACACGACCCCAUCCCACCUCUGCUUGCAGCAAAAGUGUGCAUCAACCAGCUGCACUGGCUGGAGGAUGCAGUGUCCCUCUCAGCAGGUGUGGUUGCUUUAGGAGAGUGUGCUGGGGAGUCUCUUCCUCGAGCUCAUCUGGCCAUCGGACUGUGCCGUAGUCUGCAGGCCUCUGACGCUCCGCUGAAAGCUGAUCGCGAUGAGUUCAACAGAAGAGCGCUGCAGUCACUACGGAAAGCACAUGCACUGGACCCUGAGGACCCUCAGAUCUCCUUCUACCUCUCUCUGCAGCUCGCUCUGGUCCGACAGGUGUCAGAAGCGAUGGAGCCGUUGCAGUUGGCUCUGAAUAUUCAUGGGGAUGAUCUGCACUCUCUACACCUGCUGACUCUACUGCUCAGUGCCCAGAAACACUACCAGCAUGCCCUUGAUACGCUUAAACUCGCCAUUAUCCAGCACCCGGACAACUUUAACCUUCUGUUUACCAAAGUGAAGCUGGAGGAGGUUUUGUUCGGACCCGCUGCUGCUUUACAGACCUGUACAGAAAUGCUGCAGCUGUGGCUAAGUCGCUAUGAUUUUACCCGUCCCAGUGAGGAGGAUGACACCAGCAGCAUACCUCCUGACCCAGGCCCGCUGUGCAGGAAACCCAGCGGCCUCCAUCUCAUGCUCCCAGACUUCCAGGAGACAGAGACCGGGUCUCAGAGCGCCCCAUCUCUAGCUGUGUCCCGUCUGGAGCAGGCCAUGUCAGAGGUGUCGGCCCUCAGCUCCACCCACAGGCAUGGCCCCGCCUACAUUUGGACCACCCUGGAACGCAUCUGGCUGCAAGCAGGAGAGUUGUUUAUGGCUGAUGGGCGGAUGAAGGAAGCUCAGUUCUGUGUGCAGGAGGCAGGAACUCUCUUCCCCACCUCACACUCAGUGCUGCUGCUCAAGGGCCGCGUGGCCGAGCUCAGGGGCAACGACACGGAGGCCAAGAGCCUGUAUGAUGAAGCUCUCGCCAUCAACCCCAGAGGACACCACAUACUGCUGCACCUGGGCAAGUUGUUGGUGCACACAGGCCGUGUGGGUCUUGGGGAGAAGAUGCUGAGGGAUGCGAUACAGGUGGAGAACACGAACCACGAGGCCUGGAGCGGCCUAGGGGAGGCGCUGCAGAGCAGAGGCAGUGCACAGGCUCCGGACUGCUUCCUCACUGCACUGGAGCUAGAGUCCAGCUGCCCUAUACGGCCCUUCACCAUCAUCCCCCGAGAGCUCUGAAAUUCUCUCACACUCAUACAUGUGUGUAUGAAUCACUGGAGCGAAUGCUGUUCUUCAGUCACUUUAAUGACACAUACUGUAAAACAUAACUUUGCACAUUUAGGCUGUUCACUCUAUUGAAACGGAAUGGUCUAAAGCUGUGGUCACAUUAGUAAAUAUCAGUGAAGUUUGCAGGCAAAAAAGGUCCAUUGUCAAUAGAUUUGUAUAAAGCAUUGAUCACACAGGUAUGUCUUUCAAAUCAUGCAGUUUUCUGUUGUUCAGCAUGGUGAAUUCGCAUGGCCAAUUUGAAUAAUGUUUUGACUUGCAGAUUGCGCAGAGUCAUGUAGAAAUUACUGGAUUUCACCUGCAAAAUUUCGUCGCUGAAUUUUACUGGCCAUAAAAAAAGUAAAUUGUGUAUGAAGCACUGCUCACGGAGGAAGUAACUUUCAAGCAAUGUGCCACAUGAAAAACUUGAAUCUGAAGUGAAAUCUGCAAAUGUAUUGUUUUUGCCCUGACGCAAAAUUUCCAAAUUUCUAUUGAAAUGCCUACGAAUUUUAACUAAGCAAUAGUAAAUGUGACCUUAAACACACUGUCAUUUUCGAACCAAGCCGCUUUUUGUUCGUCAAUGCAGCAAAUUUGUGUGAUCAACACAUAAAAAAAUGUGCAUAGCGAACUUUUUUGUUUUUUAUGUGUCAAAACGUCCAAUCGGGUUCCUGUUAUAAUGACUGAAUUUCGCAAAAUUGUAUUGAACAAUCUGAUCGCACCUUUAGGGCCAGAUUUACUAACAGCUUGCUCCAGCGUAAACCCUUUGUUGGUGUUAAAAAAGUACUGUCAGGAUUUACUAAAGAUGCGCAGUGAAAAAUUAGAGAUGAACUGGUGUGGACAGAGUUGUUUUUGCAGCUGACCUUAUUGCAUGUGCAUUUGUAGGACUUUCCCUUUAGACGCAAAAUUUAUGGGAGGAGAUCAUUUAAAUUAAUCACGCAACAUGAUUUUAUUAAGGGUUGCAUUAUUCAAUUUACUCGUAUUUGCUCCAUUAUUUACCACCCGGUCAAAAGCAUAUCUUAACCCAUUUUGCUCUUGACAUGGCUGUGAUUGUUGCUGCCAGGAGGAGGCACUACAGAGAACAGAGAGUGUGGUAGAAGGGAAAGUGUUUUUUUCCAGUCGUAUGAAUUUAUUUGGAAUGUAAGAUCUGCUUGUUUGCAAUUUUGCGCAAAUUUGUGUUGCUCUUGGUAGAUUGCACUGGUCAUUAAAGAAAUGAGUUGUAAUGUCUGUGUUCUUUAAUUUGUGGAUUGUCAGUAGAUUAUCUACAUAACUUCACACUCACAUUGGCGCUUUUUUGGAAUUGUGCUCUUGCGCUAAUUUGCCUUGUUUAGUAAAUCUGGCCCUUAGUCUGGGGGAAGUUAAACAAACAGCUAAAAUCUUUUACAGCACCUUUAGUGUAAAGAAAAAAGACAUUAGCCCAGAGUUAUGUGAAGUGUAAAAUGUCUAUUAUUAUAUAAUAAUACUGUACACUCAGGACUAAAAUAGCGCCGCCCUUGUGACCAAAACACAUACCCACAUAUACACAGCACAGAAUGAUUGAACACAAAACAUUUUCUUUCUAACUGCAAUAGUUUUUGCAAAUAUGCUGCAAGAUGUUCAUAGUCGUUUCUCAGGGAAAAUCUGUUGAAUUAUAGACAUUUUAGCUUACGUUAAAUUCUUUAGUAUUUAUAAACCUAAUAAUCGUCUGUACUAUAUGUUGUUUAAAAAUUGUUCUUCUAAUAAAGAGUGAUUUUGCAAUCCCA